CCCCACACCACCGGUGGCACCCAAGCCCUUAUUUGACAUGAGUGAGAAAAACAUAAGGUUCACAGGAGGAGCUGUCAGCCUCAGUUCCACAAAGAGUAGUCUCUUUCUUUGGCCACUAUCCUAUUUUCAGCCCCUCGCACAGCCUCUGGUUUAUAAUAGGCACUUCAUGAAUAUUUAUUGAUUGAAUUAUCUGCAGGACAUUUUAAGAUCACAGUGACAAACACUAUUUGCCGGGCGGCCAUCCAAAUGAGGGAAUAACUAGCUCUUGUUUCCCUUCCAGGUUGUGCCGCAAGCUGGCUUUUGAGUUCCUUCUCUGGUUUGGAAGCCAUAAACAUCAUUUCUCUCUGCCCCCAGCUUGUCCCACUCUGUGUAGUUGGUUAGUUUCACCUUGAACACCACUCCUUCAUGAGGCACCAGCGAGAGCAUUAGCAUGCACCAUUCAGGAGACCCAGAGCACCUGCUGAUCUUCAGUGAAUGAUCCUGUGUGACAGCCUAAGCAAAUCCGAGUGUGACCUCAGUCCUACUCUAGAAUACAUGAGCAGACCUGGGAAAAAUCCCUGGCCCUUCCUGGUAAAGUGCUGCUGGAGGAAAACCAGGGCAUUGCUCCUGUAGUUUCCAGUCACGUGAGCCCAGGGGUGAAACCAGCAGUGGUUGGGCCCUUCAGCUCACACAUGAUGGAAUUUCCAAGAAAACGCAAAGGAAGCGAUUCGGACCCCUCCCAGUCAGAAAUCAUGACAGAAAAAGUGGUGGAAAAGCUUUCUCAGAACCCCUUUACCUAUCUUCUUUCAACAAAGAUAGAAAUAUCAGCACCCAGUGGCAGCAGAGAAGCUCACAGCCAAACCGAAAAGCGGAGAAGAGAUAAAAUGAACAACUUGAUUGAAGAACUGUCUGCCAUGAUCCCUCAGUGCAAUCCUGUGGCCCGUAAACUGGACAAACUCACAGUUUUAAGAAUGGCUGUCCAGCACCUGAAGUCUGUAAAAGGCAUGACAAAUUCUUAUUUAGGAGAUCACUAUAGACCUUCAUUUAUUCAGGAUAAUGAACUCAGGCACCUAAUCCUUAAGACUGCAGAAGGCUUCCUGUUUGUGGUUGGAUGUGAAAGAGGAAAAAUUCUCUUCGUUUCUAAGUCAGUCUCCAAAGUACUUAAUUAUGAUCAGGCUAGUUUGACGGGACAAAGCUUAUUUGACUUCUUACAUCCAAAAGAUGUUGCCAAAGUAAAGGAACAACUUUCUUCUUCUGAUAUAUCACCAAGAGAGAAGCUAAUAGAUGCCAAAACUGGUUUGCCUGUUCACAGUAAUUGUCACGCUGGGAGGACACGUGUGUAUUCUGGCUCCAGACGAUCUUUCUUCUGCCGAAUAAAGAGCUGUAAAAUCUCUGUCAAAGAAGAACAUGGAUGUUUACCCAACUUAAAGAAGAAAGAUCAUAGAAAAUUCUGUACCAUCCACUGCACUGGUUACCUGAGAAGCUGGCCUCCAGAUAUGGUUGGAAUGGAAGAGGAGAGGGAUAACAAGAAAGACAACAGUCAUUUUACCUGCCUCGUUGCCAUUGGAAGAUUGCAUCCGUAUAUUGUCCCACAGAACAGUGGAGAAAUUAAAGUGAAACCAACUGAAUUCAUAACACGGUUUGCAAUGAAUGGAAAAUUUGUGUACGUAGACCAAAGGGCAACAGCCAUUUUAGGAUAUUUGCCUCAGGAACUUUUGGGAACUUCUUGUUAUGAAUAUUUCCAUCAAGAUGACCAUAGUAACCUGACUGACAAGCACAAAGCAGUUCUACAGAGUAAGGAGAAAAUAUUUACAGACUCAUACAAAUUCAGAGUGAAAGAUGGCUCCUUUGUAACUUUAAAAAGCCAGUGGUUUAGUUUCACUAAUCCUUGGACCAGAGAACUAGAAUAUAUUGUGUCUGUCAACACACUAGUUUUGGGCCAUAGUGAGACCAGAGGAGCAUCAUUAUUUCACUGCAGCUCUCAAUCAUCAGAAGAAUCCCCUAAGCAAUCUUGUAUCCAUGUGCCUGGAAUGUCUACUGGAACUGUACUUGGUGCUGGCAGUAUCGGAACAGACAUUGCAAACGAAGUUCUGAAUUUACAAAGUCAACACCUUGGGAAAGGUGAUGGAUUUUUAGACUUCAGAUCCUCACAUCUGAGAAAUGAAAUGGAAUGCUGCCCAUGGGGUGCUUGUCCUGUAGCACUCAGAAAGUGCUCGCUGCCAGGGAGCCGUGGUGCUGGUGGCAGGUCCCUGUCUGCCGACUGCCAAGGGGUUUUUAUCUCACUCAAGUGCAAACCUAACUAUGCAUUAUUCUGUGUUUUGCAGAUGUCAAAUCAAGAGUUGUUUUCACUGAGUCCUUCAGAAACAGGGGAGCUGGAGACAACCAGGCAAAGCCAGAGCACUCACGAACCUCUCCUCAGUGACAGCGCACAGCUGGAUUUCGAUGCCCUGUGUGACAAUGAGGACACAGCCAUGGCUGCUUUCAUGAAUUACUUAGAAGCAGAGGGGGGCCUCGGGGACCCCGGGGACUUCAGUGACAUCCAGUGGACACUCUAGCAUUUGACUUCUGUCUCCAAGAAUGAGAAACGUUUUCAAGCAUUUCAUUUACAAAACGCCGUCUCUUCUUCAGUCCUGUAUGGAUACCACUGGUUUCAUGUUUUCUUAAUGAUCUACCAGUUUUUAUAGAUUUGCACCUGACUCUCAACAGGGAGGUUGGAAAAUAGAUUUUCCUCCAAAGAGAACUGAUCAGUUUAUUAUCACCCCCUUUAUGCCAUGAAAUAGCGUAAAACCCACUAGCUGCCAUAUUUUUAACUAAAAUAUUUCUGACCGAUACCACCACCUACAUGUUGUUUUGACUUUAUUAUUUUUUUAUGUGGUUUUGAGUUUGAAGAAUUUAAUGUGGACAUUUUCCUGUGUCUAAGAUUUAUUUACCGCAGAUUUGUGAUACAGGUUUGUGUAAUUUGGAACAUUUCCAUUUCUUGAGCAUUUCCUUAAUUGAGGAUAGGGCAUUCAUUCUAGGAAAACAGGGAGUGCUUGUACACUUAAAGGGACAGUGCAACUUGUAAUCAUAAUCUUGAUGAAUACUAUAAUCAAUCUUUGUAGAAUUUGGCAGGAACACAGCCAGGAUAUUUAUACUCAGUCAAGCACUUUCAGAUGAAUUUUAAGUGAGAUGACUUCUUAUUUAAAACAGACAAAGCCAAAAAAGAGUUUCAACUUUGUUUACAGAAAAGGAAGAAUCUUAGGUCCUAGAUCUUGUUGAUUAACAAAACCAGCUCUUAAUAUAAACACUCAAGAUUUUCAUUACAGAUAGAAUAGACUUUUGCUGUUGAAACAUGGUUAGGAAGAAAUAGGUCCAGGCAGAUUAAGUGUCCUGGGUAAAGGGCUGGGCACAGUGGCACACUCUUGUAAUCCCACUGGUUCUGGAGGCUGAGACAGGAGGAUUGAGAGUUGAAAGCCAACCUCCGAAAAAGCGAGACACUAAGCAACUCAGUGAGACCCUGUCUAUAAAUAAAAUACAAAAUAGGGUGGGGGAUGUGGCUCAGUAGUUGAGUGCCCCUGAGUUAAAUACCUGUAUCCCCCCCCCCAAAAAAAAAUGUCCUGGGUAAAGUCAUACAUCAAAUUCAUGGAUUUUUAAAGUGUUUAAUAUGUAUAAACUAGUUUGUUUAUACAUAUUUGCAAAGCAAUGGCCUCACUAGCUAAAUGACUAAUUGAUCCAGGAAAUAGUUGUAGUUUUCUAGGUAGUUUCAGUUAUGCCUGUAAGGAAAAAGUAAUGAAGUAAAUGUUAAGUACAUUUUUUUAAUCAAGGCAAUGAGAAUGCAUUUUAAAACCAAUUUUCUAGUUACAAUUAAAAUUUUGGAAAGCAUUAUUUUAAAUAGUAAUUAAUCCAGAAGUAGCUCAAAUUGAGUAUAAGAACUAAGAUUAAUUAAAAUUCUAUAUACCUACCUUCUUGGGAAUCAUACUUUUAUAAAUACCUGUGUUUUAAUAUCUCUUUACAGAUUACCAAAUGUGUUCCUAUAUCUUUUUUUUUUUUUUUUUUGUAUUUUACAAACGAAAGAAGGAUAGGCUGGAAAACUAAGAGGGAAGCCCUCAGGCCCCAAUGAAGGGUUCAAAUCCACUUUUCUCCAUAUGGUGCUACACCCUUCCAGCAAAUUUCCCUCUGAGCCCCUCACCAAAGCAAUGUGUUACUUUGACCUUCAUGAUAUUUCUGGAGGCCGUUAAAGUGAUAAAUGAGAAUUUUCAUCAGAUGUGUUAAUGACAGACAUACCAACAGGCAAUCACCCAAAGCAAAUGUUUCUUUCAAGUGUGAAAUUCACAGGACCCGUGUAGGUGAGGAUGUGCUGGCACAUUGUGCUCUUGAGCCCAUACCGUGUGUUCCAGCAACAUCAGGGGUCAGCACCCUUCUUAAAGGCUGACAUUUGAGGCCUUGAGAGACAUCCAGGUUUAUAACACGCCAAAGAAACCCUUCAAGAUGAGGGAGGGUUGACGUGCUGCAGCCCCAGCACUACAGCUAAGUUGAAAGAAGCGUGAAAGAUCACAUGGCCCCUCUGCCUGCCCACCAGCAGAGCUGUUUUUAGGGGACUGCACCAUUGCAGGUUCCCUAGUGGUAGGCUAUGUCAUCACUAUGGGAUGGCCUCAAAAAUAGGAGGGGCAAACUCUCAUGAUUUGAGGGGCAGAGAUUCUGGAUUCGGCCCUUGCUGCCUUGCACAGCGGGAGUUUUCUUAUUGCAAAAGGAGGGGUUAUUCCAUAGGCCAACAGGCAGGUAGCCCUUGGAAUGCUCUGGGCAUAUCGAUUUUUAAAUUUUAUUUAUUUAUUUAUUUUUUAGCCCACUCUAAUUUUUUCCACAGAUUCUCUUGUCCUGGACCCAGAAUCCAGCCCAUCCAUGCUUUGUAUGGUACUGUCGUUCUCCCAAAUUUAGUGUAUUCUCUAAAAUUCAUUCCAUUAGGACUAAAAUAUUUGUAUGGAUUAUGCAUAUCACUAUUGUCUCCUAUAAGUUAACAUCUUGAAUUUUGGUGAGAAAUAACACAUCUAUAAAUUGCAUGAAAAUAUCAAAGACAGUAAUUUUUUUCUUAACUCUGAGAGUUACCUGUAACAUCAUAUCAGAGUGGGAAGAGUCCCUGUGUAGCCAGGGACUGUGUAGCCAGAGUCCCUGUGUAGCCAUUUAAAACUCUGUGCCUCAGUUUCCUCAUUUAUAUAAAAAAAAAGUUUGCUUUCUGAGUUUACUCCCAGCUGUGACUCUGACUCUAAUCCAUAGAACUUAAGCACUGGACUGUCCUUUACUGUAGCCAUUUACCACAUGUGGCAUUGAACACUUGCAACGUGGCUGUUACAAACUGAGAGGUGUUAUCGAAGUAAAAUACAAACCAGAUUUGUAUUUUACAAUACAAAUUGUAAAAUUUGUAUUGUAAAACAUGCUGGGGCUGCAGCACAUCAGACUUAGUAUGUGAAUGUAAAAUAGCAUGUUAAUUUUAUAAUGAUUACAUAUGCAAAUGUUAUUUUGGAUAUACUGAAUUAAGUAAAACAUUACAAUUAUACUUGUAUCUUUUUACUUUAAUGUGGCUACUAAAAAAUUUUAAAUCACACACAUGGCUCUCAUUCUUUCUUUUGGACAGUGCUGCUCUAGAUGAAUAAUAUUCAUCAAGUGGAUAUUAUUAAAGUAGACCAAAGGUUAUACCAUCAGGAUGACAUUUACCUCUAAAUACUGUUUGAGAGAUAUUUAUUGAUCUUUUUCAGACCACUAGUGUUAAUGUCUAUUUGCCUACUGUUCAACAGUCAACCUGAUUUAUUGAUCCUUGAUUAAGUACAAGUAACUGAGCCUCUAGUCAUGUGCCGGAUUUAAAAAUUUGAUCAGACAUUUUACUACAUGUCUACAUUUUACUACAUAGCCUACAGUCAAAUACAAUUUGAGUUAUAGGUUGACACCAUCUGUCACUGAAUUUGAAAAUCUUUUGGGAAACAGGAAAAUACAGAGUGGAGAAUAUUAGUGAAUAAUGAAACUGAAGGGAAGUGUGUAUCUACAGUGACAACAGAAAAGACCAUAUUACUUUUGUCUCCUAUAAAUUAACUUCUGUUCUUGAGUCCCAUUCUGUGGAGUCUAGGGCACCAGGAUGUGGACUAGCCCAUGCCUAGUUACCAGACUGUGUUUGGUGGUUUCUGUUUCAGAUCCUGCUUUAGAGAUGUGCCUGCCAUUCGGGUAUGUCAUCGCUGAGCUCUGGAAUUAGAGACUCAGAUUUGCCCAACACUGUUCAGGGCAGGGCAGGGCCGACAGCAUUGUCAAGAAGCCAUAAAGAAGAACUGCUAAGCGGCCACUAGGUGCCACCUUUCCUUUCUCACAGUGCUGUGUUUUGAUGAGAUUAACUUUCCCCAGCUCCCUGGGGCCUGUGAGAGACAUUAUUUAAGAUUUCUGUGCCUAGAAUGAGUCAGCUUCUCUGGUGUGGGUUGGUUGAUGAGAAAUGCUUUCCAAGGGACGUCUGGGGACGCCUUCUCACAUAAUAUAAGAACUUUGGUGUAGGGAGCUUCCCAGAUGUGCUGCUCGUGAGAACUGGCCUUAGCAAACCCGUCCAGUCUGGGGUAGGCUCUCUGAACCCGAUGCUCAUAUGUUCUCAAGUGUAGAUUUGCCUUUUCUACAGUUUUUAGCUCUCUCCAGUUCACUGGCUCUUGUCUGUAUAUUGAUAUUUUUAAAUUUUUGUGGUAAAUAAUAGUGAAAUUAAAUUAUAUUUUGUAAUAAUUA